AUGGGUGGGAAAGGCAAAGAAUUGGCAGCUCAGAUAAUUGUCACAUUGGUUUUGGGACUGGUUACAGGCACCAUUAUCCUUUUGCUGAGAGAUGAUUGUACGGAAAUCCGAAAUAGAGCACUGAUGCUCUUCUUCCUGAUGGUCUACCUGUGUCGCAGAACAUUGGCGGUGGAUCUCUUCAUGAUCCAGAAGAAGUGGUUUGUAUUCUUUCAGGUGUGUCUUUGUAUUUUGGAACCAGAAGAUCUUAGUUCCCCUGGCUUCAGUACUUUAGCAUUCCAUAUUAUGGCUUUAUGGCUUUGCAGCAUAAUGAGUUUUUGGGAGGAAACUUCUGUCCAGAACUCAAUACAACAACCAGCAAUAAGUGUCCUGACUAUGUAAUGUGAGUUUGUGUCCAGUGUCAUCAGGGUUUUACAUAAUACUGUAAUGAGAUACAGCAAGUUCCCUGGGCUUAUAGCUGGUAUGAAAACUUUCAAGGUCAACAAACAUUCUGAGCCUAUAUUUUCUCCCU